AUGAACGAAACCACGAGGAAAAAGAAGAAUUCAAUUGGAGCACCUGCGGGCUCCCUUGAACGGAGGCUAGCGGUAGAAAGCGAUAUCGUUGAUGAGCUCCUGCUUGUCUGUGGUGUCAUUGGUACAACGCGAAACGAGGGCAAUGAGCUAGUUCCUGUCACUGACUGUCUUAACUGGCUGCAAGAUCUUCAGCGUGCAUUGAGGCGUGAUGAAGACCUUUACCGCCCAAUUUCUCUCCUCAUUGGAAAUUGGAAAGUCGUAGAACAGAAAUUGCUGCCUCUGGUCAUAUCUUGCCGGUUUGAUACUGCUAUCGUGUUAACGGUUGUCAAGAUAUUGGUGAUAUUGACGAAACCGUUGGCGGAGAACACGAAACGAGCAGGACGGAUGCUCAUCGACACCUCUAGCAAAUCAAAUGAUUCCCUUGUUCAGCAACAAAUCAAGCUCCGGGAAAAUGCAGUGGAACAGGCCGAGCUUUUGAUUGAAUACAAGCGUCUAUUUUCUCAUCACUCCUCCCACCAUGUAAAGGGGAAGGAAGGAACAGGGCUCUUGUCCAUAUUUGUGUCAUUGCUUGCCGAACCACUUUCUAAAACCGGAUCAGCUCGCACUGACGCGGAUCACUUAACUAUCGAGCUUGUAUUGCACCUAUUUCGGAACCUACUUGCAGCAGAGCCACUGUUGAACAGCUCACAAGAUUCUAUUCGCAGAAGCAGGCAACUGCAUCACGAGCUCGUCAAUCUCUUCGAGAAAGAGCUUGUCACGGACAUUUUACUUGUUCUAGGUCAAGAACUUGAGCUACGUGAAAACUCGCAGUAUAAUUUGCUCAUGAUGGAGCUCUUACACAAUCUUCUCAAAGCGCAAGAUCCCGCUGCGGUAGCACUAGCUCAGACCCGUCUAUCUUUGAGCGAGAAUACAAGAUAUAGGAGUAGCAGUGCACUGUCAACAAAGCUACGAGAAGAAAAAUCCUCUCGGUUUGCAUUGGUGGGAACUAGACAUGGACACUUUGGGGGAACUUGGCUCGAGAAGCAAGGCGAUGGAAAACGGAAGUAUGUUAGUACCAAUCAGUCUUCAAAGCAAAAAAAAUCCAAUACUUCAAGACGAAACCGCAAAGCGGAGCCAUUCAUUGGUUCCAGCAAGUCAUUCUUGGAACACUCAAACACCCGAUUUUCCGAAGAAGGCCCCACUGCCAAUAGAGCGAAAGAGACGCUGAACAAAUUCUGCCAGCGUUUUGUCGAAAACUGCUAUGGUCCAUUCAUGAAAUCGCUGAAGAACGAAUUUCGACGGGACUCGGUGCGUCUGGAGGAUGGAGACAAGGUAAUCUUCUUCAGACUCAUCUGGUUCUUUAGUCAGUGGUGGAGAUAUUCUGAAAACAAUAGUCUUGGCCAACUCAUAUUCACAAUGGAUGUAUUCACAUUCAACUUGGUUUUGAGUUCGACUGACGCAUUCCAUCUACACAAAAUGUUCUCCAGACUGGAACAGGCUGUUUCACUCUACAGUGAAAUGAUGCUAUUGUUGAAAGACAUGCAACAUUCCCAAGACGCAACUGAAAACGAAAUUGCGCUAGGUCUCGUGAACCGAAUUUUCUACGUUGCUGAGCCGAUGGAUCGGCUACCGAAGUUACUGCAAAGCUGGACACCAGGACGAAACACCCGUCAAUACGUUUGCGAUCUGUGCACCCUCUGCCAUGUCUCUUUGGAACUCCUUGAAGAGAAUUCGAAAUUUGAUACGAUGUUUGGUUCCGAAACUCCGCGAAACAAUCUUGAAAAAAUGAGAGUCGUGGCAGCUGAAUUUGAUAUCACUUCCUACUUUUGCAAAAAGCUAUUUUCGAACCAAUUGGUGAGCAUGUACACACAUUUGUUGUCUCAGUACAAAUUAAACUCUUCGCGAAUAAAUGACCGCGUAGUGGCUAUGUUUCUUCGGCUCUCAAGUACCGAAAUGGUAUCUUCGAUGGAUUCAGAUACCCAAAGUCCAAUUAGUGAACUGUACCGCCCGCACACGUUAGAGCCAAUGCUCUACAACAUUCAUCUAUUUCUUGUGAUUGAAAAAAUACUACUCGACAGCUCUAUUCGCAAUACUGGCGGCUUUGGGUCGCUCGUCAGCUUCUGCACACGGCAUAUGGAGAAGUUUCUUGCAACGUCGCAAGACAAUCACAUGGCAUUCGUGGAAUGUUUAUUCAGGCAUUUGUCACCAAGAAAAUUUUGUGAAUCGUUCGCGAAGUUCUACAUGAGUGAAGAGUUUCAAAUGCUUGCUGAGAGAGAAGUACUUCUCGAUGAACAAGAGCGUUGCAACGAGUUGCAAGGAGGGGUCGACAGCGACAUACAAAGUGAAGACGAGGCUGAAUUUAUGUUUGACGAGGGCCGACAAGCUAUGAACAAUUCGGAUGACGAGCCAGUCACCGAAGAAUCUUCAGAGGAACCGGUUGCAAAAGGCAAAAAGAGACUACGAGAAAAUGACUCCCUCAAUGCGUUUCGCACCGUGAAAAGCCACAAGAAAAGGCAAUGA